AUGACAAAAAGAGGGAAAGUCGUUUCAAUUACAUGCAGUACGGGUAUAGCUGCAACACAAUAUUGCUCUGCACAAACACUACACAAGUUGUGCGGUUAUGGUGAUGUGGUCAAUCAUACAAAAGAACUUGCUAAUUUACUUCCUCCCGUACCAGAUCAACUGUACGGUGAAGCAGAAAUUCAGGAACGAACUGUACCAACUGGAGGAUUUGAAGAAGGGAAGGGUGUAACACGUUAUAUUGGUGGUUAUUAUGAUAUACAAACAGAAGAAACUAAUGAAUCUGAAACAACUGAAAAUAUUGCGGAGGUAGUAACCUCACCAUUGACCAAUGUAACAAAGGAAAAAGGAAAAGAGCAGUUGCAAGGCUUCAGACUUUACCUUUCACAAGAUGGAAAUUUCACAGAGAGUGACAUAGUAUACAUAAAUACAAAAGAUAAUUAUAACCAUGGUCAAAUUGUCAUAACGGCGAACUUAUCUGGUGUAUUCAAAUUUAUCAAUAUUGAUGUGCCUGGAACAUACAGGGACAAAGAUAUACGAGUAAAUGGCUCAUUUUUAGAUGGACCUAUUGUUUUAUGUGAGGUUGAGAUUCUUGUCAAAAUGUCAAACAUCGCAACUGAUAAACAAGCAACGAUGUCUACAUACUAUAGUGAUAUGACUGCGGAUAAAUGUAUAGAUGGUAAUCCACGUCGGGAUCUGAAUGUUUGUCAUUGUUGUAGCCAUUCCAAUAAUGAGGCAAAUCCAUGGAUAACUGUCGAUCUUCUGCAAGUGCAUGAAAUAUUUCAAAUUCAUGUUGCUGGUAGGAAAGAUAGUUUUGAAAAAAGCAGAGAUGUUACUGGGUUGGAAAUAUUUGGAAAUGGUACUAACAACCGUAUCCUCGGUAAUUUCACAUCAGCGAAUGCCACUGAUGUAAUAGUGACGUUACCACAAGGAAUACACACUCGGUAUAUAACAUUAAGACGAUCAAGUCCACAGAACGUUAACGAAUGGUAUCUUGUUGUUUGUGAAGUGGAAAUAUAUAUCAAAUACUGCAAACCAGGGACUUACGGAAAGUUAUGUGAACAACAAUGCGGACAUUGCAGUCAUGGGCCGUGUAAAAUCGAUUCUGGACAUUGUCCAAAUGGAGAGUGUAUGGCAGGAUGGACGGGUUUAAAAUGUGUUAGAGAAUGCGACUUAGGAGACUAUGGCAUAAACUGCUCCUCAGUCUGUAGUUCCCAUUGUUUCAACGGCGUAAUUCAAUGUAAUAGAAUUACUGGAAACUGCAUGCAAGGAUGUGGAGCCGGAUAUAUGGGUCAUAACUGUUCUAUGGACUGUACAGCUGGAAAAUUCGGUCGUGAUUGUAGCCGAACGUGCUCCAACAACUGUCUACAAGGUUUUGAUCAGUGUAGUAAAAUUUCUGGAGAAUGUCAGAAUGGCUGCGUGUCUGGAUUUAAAGGACAUAACUGUUUGACUCCAUGUGAGACGGGACGUUUCGGUGUAAAUUGUACUUCGUACUGCAGUAUCCAUUGCUUUAAAGGAAUUGAACAAUGUGACAAGUCAUCGGGUAUAUGCAAGGAAGGUUGUGAUGCAGGCUAUAUGGGCAAUAAUUGUUCAACAGGGUGGUUGAUCCGGAUAACCUCCCGUGUUAUUUAUCGGGUCUUUCUCGAUGUUGUUCGAUCGCUGAUUGAUUUAGUGGUGAUGUUUGUUACUUUCAUUUCAACAGUUUGUCUUGAUGGUCAGUAUGGUCAAAAUUGUAUCGGAACUUGUAGUAAUCACUGUAAGAACGGUAAAACUGCGUGCAACAAAACAACAGGAUAUUGUUUGGACGGCUGCAAUCCUGGAUUCACCGGACCUAAAUGUUCUCGUGAAUGUCCAAGUGGCACAUUUGGCGUAAACUGUAGUGGUAAAUGUCAUUGUCAAGAUGAAUCAGAUUGUCGCAAAUCAGACGGGGGUUGUAGUACAGGCUGUGCGUUUGGAUGGUCAGGAUUGAACUGUAGCAAUGAUUUAAGUCUAAUAGAACGUAUUCGAGACAUUGUUAGUACCAGUCAGUCUAGUACAUGUUCUCCAUCAACCUCAAAACAACAAGAUUUUAACUCUAGAAAAGCAAUAGAUGGGGUUCCAAAUUAUUCAGUAGAUAGAUGUAAAUGCUGUAGUGUAACAAACGGAGCACCUCCUUCUUGGUGGCAAAUUGAUCUUAAACAGAAAUACCUGUUAGGUGGUUUGCAGAUAUUUGGACGUGAAUCAAAACAGAAUGAACAGUUAGAAGAUGCAAUAGUUUAUGCUGGAAAUUACUCAACGACAGUAAACCCAUCAGUAAAUAUGACAAAUGUUUACAUGGUUCCAAAAAUGACAAACAAACGACACUUUACCAAGGAGCUAGUAGAUCCAAUAAUUAUACGAUACAUUUUAGUAGAGUUGUCACAGAGAGUGAUGACUUUGUGUGAAUUGAAAUUAUAUGAGAAAGAAUGUGAGAUAGGAAAUUUUGGAACUGGUUGUUUGCAUAUCUGUCAUUGUAAAGACAAUCGUGCAUGUAACCAAGUAACAGGUAAAUGCCAGACACCGGGUUGUCUAGCAGGGUGGCAAGGAGAGGCUUGUGAAAAUGUUUGUGAUGUUCACAAGUUUGGUGAUGGAUGCAACAACACUUGCAAUUGUAAAGAAGGUACUUUAUGUGAUAAUACUAAUGGGACAUGCUUUAUUGAGCAAUGCGAGCCCGGAUGGCUUCUACCAACCUGCAGCGAAGAUAUAAACAUUUUGAGACGCUUGCAUGUGCAAACAGCUAUGUCAUCAACAUUACUUAAUUGGACUUCAAAUCGCGCAAUUGAUGGAAAAAUUGGUCCAAUACCUGAGGUCUGUAAUUGCUGUAGCGGCACAAAGAAUUCCCAAUUGUCUUGGUGGACAGUAGAUUUAGGACAACGUUAUCCUAUCAGUAGUGUAACUGUGUACAGUAGAGACAACGAGGAAAUAUAUCAACAACUUACCGAUUUCAAGCUUUACUUUUCUAAUAAUACUGGACAAAAUUCAUAUCAUCUGGUUGAAAAUACCACGAGGCGGAUAGAUGGAAAUGAACAUGUGCUAACUUUUUCAAAUAAACUAACAAGAUAUAUUAAGAUCCAGAGACCAGGCGUCUUGACCAUGUGUGAAGUUUUGGUGACUGAAGGGGAAUGUGAGGUAGGAACAUUUGGCGAGGAAUGUUCCCAAAUUUGUCACUGUGCCGAUGAACGUGCAUGUGAUAAAAGAAAUGGAUAUUGUCAGUCAGAUGCAUGUAAAGUUGGUUGGAUUGGUACAUCUUGUAACAAAAAAUGUCCGAAGAACACUUUUGGAGACAAGUGUAGUGAGAGCUGUUUUUGUGCAGAUGGUACAUGUACUAACGACUAUGGGAUAUGUGAAAACGGUUGCAAAGACGGAUACACUGGUUUCCAUUGUAAUCAAGUUGGUGAAACCCACAAGGGAGAAAAGGAGAAGAAUUCAACAGCUCUGGUAGCAGGUGUUGUCGGUGGAUCAAUAAUUGUCCUGAUACUUAGCGCCUUAAUUGUUGCUGUUUUUAUAUUUAGAAAGAGAAAAAGUGAGAACAAUAAAAGUCACAACUCAACGCCAAAGUCUCGAGCUGCACAAGAUGAUCCAGAUUAUGACACUUUAGACGUACUCGAUGAUAACCCGGGACAAAGAAGUGCAACGUAUGAAAAUGAAGUUGUAUCUAGCAUGUGAUGCCCUUGACUCGACUCGAAAAAAAAAUCAAAAUGAUAAUACAUAAUAAUUUUGUGCAUGGAAGUUAAGAUCGUGUAAAACUGAUUUUAUAUUAAUAAAUUCACUCAUUGUAUUAUUGGAGAUUAACGGUAUACAGCUGAUCGGAUAAGUUUGCGUCGCAGUCAAGCGUGACGAACGUUUGGACAAGAUCUCAGUCCGUUUUCACAGAUAUGAAUAUAGAUUAUACAAUGCAAAGAAUGAGUAGAAUGUACUGUCAACAAAGCCUAUAGCGAUAAAAUAGAGAGAUGCUCCCCACCCGCGUAAUUUGUACAGAGUACACGUGUAUUUCAAAGUUUGCAAAAACAAGCACUUGCAGAAAAGUCCUGAUACUAAUAUAAAUAGAUCCGUUAUACUUUUAUUAUCACUUUCACAAAUUGUACCAGCAAUUAACAAAAUGUAACAGAAAAAUCUGGCAUUUCUUUCCGAGAAUUUCAAAACAUUUUUUUUUUGAACCGGACUUUAUAUGAAAGUCCAGUGGUAACUUUGAAACUAUAUAACGUAAUAAAAUAAAAUAAAAGGCGGGAAUGCCACACCCUAAAAACGACUUCGAGAAACAAUUUUGAAAAUCAAGCGACACUACAAAAAAUACUUAUAGCAAUGAAAACUGGAAAAAAGUACCUAAAAUAGCCAAGGUGUAAGAAUAUCAAAUCUAAACCAAUGAGAAUUUGUUUGGUUGAUGUUAAGAAACGGAAACUAAAAUAAAACUAAAAAGGUAAACAAACCAAUGAAGCGUAAUAAGUUAUUUUAAUGCUAAAAAUAAUUCAAUUUUGCAUAAAACAUCUCUUUAAAUGUUUUCUAAAAUCAGGUGUAGUAAAACGAUUGCAAGUUAAUUUAAAAAAAUCAUUACUUGGUGUUUGUAAGGAAUUGAACCAGAUACCUUCAGAUAUACCAAUACACUACGCCUCACUGACGAGUGAAGUUA